CCUUGUUGUGUGACUGUGAAGUGGGGUUAACCCUCGGCCUCGCAGUAGACCAAUCGGGCGGAGCGGUCCGUGGAUAAGAGAAACUUGUGGUGUCUCACACACACAGAGACACACACACAGAGAGCGAGAUGGGGAACACGACGGGAAGCACCGUGGACGACCUGCAGGCGGUGGAGAUGCACCUGUGGUACAAGAAGUUCAUGACCGAGUGCCCCUCGGGUCAGCUCACCCUGCACGAGUUCAAGCAGUUCUUCGGGCUGCGCGGGUUGGACCCGGAGGCCAACGCCUACAUAGAGCAGAUGUUCCGCACGUUCGACAUGAACAAGGACGGCUACAUCGACUUCAUGGAGUACGUGGCGGCUCUCAGCCUGGUGAUGCGGGGAAAGAUGGAGCACAAGCUGCGCUGGUAUUUCAAACUUUACGACGUGGACGGCAACGGCUGCAUCGACCGCCACGAGCUGCUCAACAUCAUCAAGGCCAUCCGCGCCAUCAACGGGAGCGAAAGUCAGGAAACCUCCGCCGAGGACUUCACCAACCGGGUGUUCGACAGGAUCGACAUAAACGGAGACGGGGAGCUCUCGUUGGAUGAAUUCGUGGCCGGCGCACGCAGUGAUGAAGACUUCAUGGAGGUGAUGAUAAAGAGUCUGGACCUCAGCCACAUCGUGACGAUGAUCGACAACAGGAGGCACAGCGUUUAGGGCCCCCCCGCCGGCCCGGUCACACGCCACCUCGCCCUCCAUCGUGGUGUAACCCGGGCGGGGGGAGGAGGGGGGGGGGGGGCUUCUGGGCAGGAGGUCAUUUAUAGACGGAGAUCUUCAUUGAGAUCGAAGGACUCCAGUGUGCUGCGAACACUGAAACAGUGACACACACAGCAAACUGGUCUUGCUUAUCGGUGCUGAGCUCUACGGAUAACACCCCCCCCCCCCCCCUUGCUUUUUUUCGGCAUCUGCGUCAAAAUGCUUUAAUCUCUUUUCACUCCGUUCUGGCCUGACUGACUUGUGAUUGACAUCUCUGUCGAUUUGAUUAAAUCAAAGGCUGUAAAAUCCAAGAACAGGUGAAAGUGCUUUAGUGGUGGGUGGAUUCUCAAAUGUUUACCUU